CUGUAUCAUCGAGGGCGGCGAUGAUGAGGCAAUUCCAAGUAGCUGCUAUGAACAGGAAAUCGAACUACAUCCAGUUGUGACCAGUUUCAGCUGGUCCGAAAUAGAUGUGCUGAUUCUGGCUGGAACGUUUGGCCAUGUUUUGAGUUUGGGGGCAAGCAGUUUUAUAGAAGAGGAACAUCAAACCUGGUAUUUUCUUAUCAAUACGCUUUGUUUGGCACUGUGUCAGGAACUUUGUAGAAAUAAUUUUCUUCUGAAAGAAAAUGACCCUCGACAUAGCACCACUGUGAAACAAAAUUUUGAUAGUAUUGGGAAAGCCUCUGAGUGCAAGAAUAUAGACAUUCCAGCAGCAGAUAAUUCAAAAUUGGGCAAGGCCACCUCUUCAGCUGAAUUCAUAAAAGAAUCAGAUAAGUGGAUAGGCUUAGCAAGUCCAUGGAUCAUCCUUAUUUGCUGUCGGCUGCUUCGAUCCUUGAAUCAGACAGGCGUCCAGUGGGCUCAUCGGCCAGACUUUGGGCACUGGCUGACAAGCUCUGAACAUAAAUCUGAACUCUCCUUCUUGGCUGUAGUCUCCCUACUUAUGAUCUUCUUUCUGGUUCAAAGAAGAUGCUCCCUAGUUUCAAAAAUUGCUAUGGCACUCGGGCUUCUGGGAGUCUACAGUUACCGGGCAGCUAUUGGAAAUGUCAUAUUUCCAUGGCAACAUGACAGCAAAGAUAUUUCAAAGGGGAUUACUGAAGCUCGUUUUGUUUAUGUCUUUGUUCUUGGCAUAGUCUUCACUGGCACUAAAGAUUUGCUAAAGUCACAGGUUAUUUCUGCAGACUCCAGCUUGAAGAGUACAGGAUUGUGGGAAGUGUAUAGUGGAUUGGUUCUACUAGCAGCCCUUUUACUUAGACCUCACAAUUUACCAGUCUUGGUGUUUUGUCUGCUGAUUCAGACAAUGAUGACAAAAUAUAUCUGGAGACCUUUGAAAUUUGAUGCAGCACAGAUUACGAUCAUGCACUACUGGUUUGGCCAAGCUUUUUUCUAUUUUCAGGUAAGCUGA